AAAGAAAUAUCUGAUGAAAACGAACAAGAGUACAACUUUAAAAGAAAGCCAGUGAAUGACAGAGUACACAAAGACAUGGACACAAAAACCCCAGAGGGUAAGUAUCUUAGCAUGUAUCAUGCCCAGCUGAUAAAGAUGUUUCCAUCUGCAGACGGAGACCUCUCCAUUGAGGCAGGAAGGUCAAAUGCACUUACAAACUUCCUAAGAGCAGAUCAUGUUAAAAAGGAUGCAAAGUACAUCCUUGCAGCACUUCUUCUUCUCUCAGAGGGUGUUGACAUUAAAAUAGCAGUAGACUGCAAAGGAAAGAAAAAUAAUCUUGUCAUAAAAAGCAAGACAUGCAAAGAGAAAGAGUUUGUGAAUGUAGUGAUGCAUACUGCAGGUAUAGACCCAGUUACAAAUGAGCAGAGUGAAAACAUCUACCAAAGUGAGGCAACUGGAGUUGUCAAGUUCUAUAUGCAGUGCAGAGACAAUUCACUGCUAAAGAAAGAAGGCAAGUUUGCAAUGCCAGCCACUAGAGAAGAGUUUGAGAGCGGAAAGUUUCUGAACAAUGCAGCCUUCCUUAUACAGACAUAUAUAUACGAGUUUAUUGACACAGCAGAAGACUACAAGAACUUUGUAGAAGCAGUGCAUGAACUACUGAUUGAUCAAGUAGUUGAAAAGGAGAACCCGGAGCAGACUAAGAAGAAAGGCAAGAAGAGCAAAAUAUUCGAUGAGCUUUUCAUAGCGAAAGAUGCACUUAGCGAAAACAAAAAAUAUAUUGAAUCGUUCUGUGAUCUUCUAAAAGCCAAAAAUGAGAAUACUAAAUUUCCCUUCUACAAUGAUAGUCAGCUGCCAAAGUAUACUAGAGUGCCGCGUUGUAAACUAGACAAAUCUGGCUUUGAGAAAAGCCAAGCCUUAUACUAUAGUGACUGUGUAGAAACAGCCCUUCUUGGACUGUUCUGCUGCCUGGCAUAUAAUCCAGAGACAGGAGAGUACCAAACCAGCCAUAUGGGGGAGGGAAUAAGUAAAGAGCUAAAACAGUUCUUUGAAGACUAUCCUAAGCCAACAGAAACUACUGACUUUGAAAUGCACAAACAAUGGAGUAAAGUUGUUGCUUGCUUAAAGAAUGACAAGAUUGACUACAAGAAAGAGAAAAACGAACUUAUAGCUGGGGUUGGAAAUAUACUUCUUGCUAUUUCAGAAAUAACAGGCCAGAAGAAAGAAAUAUUAAAGCUAGUCGAAUGUAUAGAAAAUAUAUGCAGAACAGGAGAAUUAGAUGAUAAUCAAUCUGAAAUUGCAGAUAAGAUCGAAUCGAUUAUUAAGGCUUUAUCAAAGAAUAAGAAUGUGAGCAUAGAGUGCAAUGACAUGGAACUUGGGAAGAGGUCAAGUGGCAAGGCAGAUAUUUUCUCUAAGAUUAACAUUAUUUAUACUUUCGAUAAAGAAUGUAAUGAAAUUUCUUUGGAUAUAAUGCAAGGACAUGCAAAUCUUAUUCUUCUUCCAUCUUCAAAUACUAGCUCUGCAUAUAUUAAAGAAAAGUAUGAAGAAGUAAAAAAUAUUUACAAUGGUAUGGGCUGCUAUAUAGGAUACAUUGCGGAUCAGUACAUUGGUGCAGAGUUAGAUGCUUUAAGUUGUAGUGAUUAUAAUCGCUCUAUGAAAUUUGCGAGAAUAGUGCUCCAGAUUAUGCCGAAAGGACCCGAAGGAAUAUCUAAAAUAUUCUUAUUAGGAAAGCUUGUUUCCCAUCAUGUUAAAGGUGCUAUUAUAAUGAGAUUUAUAUUUUCUACCAUAGAUAAGGAAGUGGGCCCAACAAACCCUCUAAUACGGUUUACUGCAAACAUUUUAGGAAGUGUUUCGCUCAAUGAUUAUGCAUCAAGACAACCAAUGAUAAUGUUCUUCCCAUUUCACGCAAGCUGGCAGAAAUUUUAUCCAAGGCUUGGAUUUAAGCCAUCAGAGCCUAUCCCAAAAGAAGAUGCUGUUUGGACUUAUCUAUCAGGACAAAAAACAUAUUUAUGCAAUAUUCUAGAGUCUUUUUCAGUGCCUGCUACAUCAAAAGCCAUAUGCAACUAUCUUAGAGUAGCUGUGAAUGAUCCAAGGAUGAUCGAUUUAAGUGUAGAAUUUAUAACCCGAGCGACUCUAAUUUAUCGUAUUAUGUAUAGUGGGGGGAUAGAGGACUUGGUGGAAAUUCAAUCCAAUAUCAAAGAAUAUAUGAAAGACCACAACUUAAACUAUGUGUAUAUUAUCUGGUUUAUGUACGUAUGCUCAGGUCAUUAUAAAUUCUCAUUAGAAUCUGCUAAGACAGUUUACGACUUUAUAGUCUUUGAUGAUUAUCCAAACCCACUUGAGUUUAAAGAAGCAAUGUCAGGACCCGCGGAAUACUUUAAAAUGGGUUUAAGCAUUUUAAAAAAAAAUAAAGCACUUUUCUGCUCGAAGGAUGACAGGAAAAGUAUGAAAAAGUAUGAUGCUGUGUUAGCAUACUUCUUGAAAUUCUAUCGGUUGCAAAAGAAAUCUAAAUCCUCAGCCUGCACUAUAAGUUGA